CGUAUGCAACUGGGGCGGAGUUUGCACGUGUGAACCCUUCCGCUUGCUUCCCCCUUUUAAGCGAAUCGAUUAUGGGAGGGUUGCCACAUUUGCAGCCCCGCCGAUCUGCAUGUGUGGGCGCAGCUGCUGUAAGCGGCCAUAUCUGCGCGUUCAGUUUACCUCUGCACAAAUCUGCAGUUCAUGGGAAAACAAAAAAAGCAUAUGAUCCCCUCUGCGGCGCAAAAGUAGGAGCUGUUGCAAAUAAAUGGGACUGACUUUCCGGCGCAGGAGCUGCACCACCAGGGCGCCGCGACGACGAGGGGUAAACUGUUAAGCGGCAGUGAUUGCGAUUGCGAUUGAGAUUGGGGAAGCGUUUAUGGUAGUGAUCAUGGGAGUGUUUUUUUUUUUUUUUUUUCUGGCCCCCCGAAGAGAGUCCAUUUUUUGAAGCCGCGCGAGCAGGUGGGCUUUCCUCCCCUAAGGUAAAGAGCCUUUUCGAAAACUGCUCUCCUUGAGGCCCUUACCAGAAAUGAAUUCAUUCCUAUGCUCUGUAGGGUGUGUAUAUGUGUGGCCAUACAUGUGCAGGGUAUGCCCCCUCGGGUGUAGGGAAGCCCAGUGGGGAUGUUCCCCCUCCAAGUGAUUAACAGGGAAAGCAACAAAUAAUUGGGGGGUCCCAGGGGGGAGGAGAGAGAGAGAACCCUUUUUGUUAACAUAAACCUUGAGGUGGAGGGCAGGCUCGAAAGGGGAUUCCCUCUGAAGUAGGACCCCUCCUUUCGUGGGUCCCAAUUGAGGAAGAAGGGGGUAAGUCGAAGGGGGCAAGUCGAAGGGGGCGUUUGCACAGAUUGCGAAGCAGCCAGAUGUGGUUCCCCAAGUUGCUGCCUCCACUGCUGGUGUUCCUAUUGGACGUGUGCGAAACGCGCGCGAAGGGGGGCAGGCAAGGCGCGCUCUUCCUGAACCCCCCCCUCGUCCCGUGGCAACGGGGGAGAGGCGCCAAGAGGGCGAGGAAUGCGGCGAAGGGAAGCAGUGAAAGCGAUGAAUCGAACGAAGCGGACGCAGCUGAGCCCAACCUGCGGAUUAACAAAUUCGACGCGGAGGAGGUCAAAAUAAACUCCAGCCUGAACGUCAACGUAUUUCGCAGCGACAGCGAUACGACCUCCGCGUACGACGAGGGGAUCUGCAUUUACAGCAUUUUGAAAGACAUAGAGGUGAAGGAUGUGAAGAGAGUGCCCCGGUUUAACCAGAAGCUAGCCAACGUCCAUCUGCAGAAGGAGAGGGAUUGCCUGAAGCUUAGCAGAGGGAGGGAAGAAGACGCCCAUUUGGAUUCCCCCCUUAUAUACAAAGACACAAACUACCAGCUACCCUACGUGCUGAACUACUAUCCAGAUGACAUGUUCAUUUUAAACUUCGAUGGGGUGAUUAGCAUGAAUAAGCAGGAACAAAUCGUCGUCGCGUUUUUGACUUUCCUCCGUUUAUUUCAGAUGCGGUCUGGUGGAAGUACCCCACAGGGGUACCCCUCUCUGCUGUUCAAUGGGAAACCCAUAGAAGGUCUUCCCCUGUAUAAUUUUUUCCAGUCGAGGAGUUACCUCUUCACGGAAGGAGAGACAAGCAGUGUGCCCCCCCCGAGUGACGACCCCUUCAUUCUGUUGAAGCUCAUUCCGAAAUUUCUAUACAGCAGAUUUCUCUAUCUUUAUAAGUACCUAAAAAGUUUGGAAGAUUUAGUAGUGGCCAUUAAAUACGUGUAUGAUGAGGUGGACUCUAUAUGUACCAAGCACAGGUAUGACGUGAACGAGAUGCUCCGGAUUUGCCGAGAGAGGAACGGCAUGCAGGCGAGGCUGGAAGAAGUGAGGGGGUACCUACACCGCGCAGAUUUGAAGCAGCCCCACCAAGGAGAGUUGAAGCAACCCGAAGAGGAAGCCACAACCCAGACGCACCUUGAGACGCGCACCCAACUGCACAUCUACAACCUGGUGAAGGAACUCACCAAGGGCACCUUCAACCCCUCCGUGAUCUGCCCUUAUAAAAAAAUGGAAAACUUCCAGAACGUCUUCCCGAGCUUCCACCACGACUUUGACGAUUUUUAUAAAAAAAAAAUGAACCUCAAAUUGUACCAGAGAUAUAGAGUAGAUCCCAAAUGGGUUCGAACCCAAUUUGAGAGAACGAGGGAAUUGCUAAAGAGACAUGAGGCAGAUGCGUAUACCCACCUGAUGCAGUAUCGCUACCCUUGUGGAGAGUUAACUCAGCAGGAGAGGCAGAACCAUCGGACUUUCAACUUCUGUGCAGUGGACUUGAUUAACCACAACAUAAACGUUUUUAAAAAACCCGUGUACAUCGUUUCGACGAUGGAGAGUGGCGGCUACAUUGAGGAAACUCUCAAGCUGUUUGGCGUGGACGUUGCGAAUGAGGGGGACGCCCACCUGCUGCGGAUCUUUGGGAGGGACUACCUGCGGAGGGGGGGAGGCUCCAAAAAAUUGGCAGGUGUGGGGGGAGGCUCCAAAAAAUUGGCAGGUGUGGGGGGAGGCUCCAAAAAAUUGGCAGGUGUGGGGGGAGACUCCAAAAAAUUUGCAGGUGUGGGGGGAGACUCCCAAAAAUCAGCAGUUGUGGGGGAAGUCUCCACUAAUGAGGACCCCUCCAACUCGGUGAUGGCCAACCUGAUGAGGCUCUUCAACUCGCCCUACUUCGCAAAGGGUGCUCGGCGGGGUGGACACGAAGGCAGUCCGCAUGGGGGAGGUGAAGGCAGCUUUGCCGCUUCCCCCCAGGAUGACUACCUGUACGACCCCUACAACGUAGACCUGGACUACCUGAAGCACCGGGAGAAGACAAACAAACGGGACUACCACUUCGUCCACCACGGCUACUACCUCCACCUGCUGAGGGAGAAGUGCAAUUUGAUUAACCACAUCAUUGAGGAGUACCACCGGGGGGAAGAGCCCAUUCACGUGAUCGACCAGAAGUAUGAAGACCUCAAUGCCAUGUGCAACGAUAGUCGCUUCGGCCAAAAGGUUCGACUGUACCUUUGCGAGUGGGGGUACAACUCCUAUGCAGACCGACUCAAGGCUAUACACAACGACCGAGUGAAAUCUUUCUCCCAAUCCUUUAAGCUCGUUUUUCUGUGCUGCACGCCGCUGGACAGCCCGCGCCGCGAGCACACGCACGGCCGGGGCCUGCCCGCCGACUUCUACACCAAGUUCAUGCUCAAGUACCUCCUCCGGAAGGGGCUCCUCACCCGUGCGGAAGCAAGCGCUGGUUAG